CUCGCACUUCCUUUGUUCGACCCUACAGCCCCGGAACACCAUGCGCGCCUUCAACAUCGUCCUCGGCCUGGCCGCUGUCAUGCUGCCCAGCAUGCACGCGGUGCCAGUGCAAUCCAUCUCCGAACGACAGUCGACCGACCAGCCAAGCACCAUCGACGGCACUCCGUUCCGCCUGGCAGUCCGAUAUGCGCAGGGCGCAUAUUGCCAGCCCUCUCUGCAACGUCUACUCUUUUCGAGAGGUCGGGUCAUCUACGUUGCCGGCGACAACGCAAGGCUACCGAUCACCUUCGUGGCUUACGACGAGCUGACCAACAAAGUCGUCGUCUCGCACCAGGGUACCAACCCCACAUCUGCGGAGUCCGUGUACAUCGAUGCGCAAUAUUUGCCCACAUUGCCAGACCGCAGGCUGAACGGCUGUGUCGAUCCUGGCUCCGCGAUGCACACCGGUUUUCAAAAGGCCUGGGCAGACACUGCUGACCCGAUCUUGGCAGCAGUCAAGGAGCAGCUGACCGCGCAUCCUGGCGCCACGCUUCUGGUCACCGGACACUCGCUCGGUGCUGCCCUAGCCACGCUGGACAGCGCUUAUCUGCGAUGCAAUCUUCCAGAUGUACCGCUGCAGACCACCGUACUGGGAUUGCCCCGCGUGGGAAACAGCAAAUUUGCGGACAGCAUCGACAGGCUACACAACGGCACCUUCCACUACCUGGUCAAUGGUCAAGAUCCCGUACCUCACAUCCCAUUCCGGCAGCUUUCUUACGAGCACCCCACUGGAGAGGUGUGGAUCAACCCGGCCAACGAGAACGAAGCCCUUAGCUGCCCAGGAAGAGAGAAUUCAAGGUGCUCCAACUCGGUCGACCCGAGAACCUACAACAUCGGAGACCAUAUUGGGACCUACUUCGAAAGACAACUCACUGGUUUCCCAUCGCCCAACCUCUGCUAAACGAGAUCGGCCUAGACCAAUCGUCCGUCGGUACACAACACAUUCAGUAUCGAGAUCUAUCUUCCGCUCCAGUCAAAACCCAUCUAUCCAUCCUCGCAUUCUGAUUUGUAGCCAAAAUUUUCCCGAUAUCCCUAUUCCGCAAUAUCCCGCUAACGACCUUCCACGAGCAAGGCGGCAGAUACAUGCUGCUGGUACCCGUUAAAGC